UCAGAGACCAGCUGAUGGAUAAAUUGAUCCACAGAUGCACCUGUAGCCUCUAACUGUCGUCUCUGUGUCUCCACAGGACAGACCUCUCCGACCGUCAGAUGAUGAUCGAGGGCGUUUCUGGUGACUGUUGAUCCAACCAGGUGUGCUCGACAGGUAAUUGGUCAGUCCAGGUCACGAUGAGCUCCGCCUUCUCUCCAUCCUACCUGAGUCUGGUGUCCCCCCCUGCUGGUCUCUGCGAGGACCGCAGCGUCUCUCAGCACUUGGUCUCGGCGUCGGGUUCCGUCCCCUUCCUGCUGUACCCACCCGGCGUGGACGGCCUGGGCCUCUACCAGAACCCCCUGCUGCCCUACCUGAGCCCCUUCCACCCCCACGGACCCUUCGGUGUCUACGAGUGUCCCUUUGAGCCGGCCUUCAUCCAGAAGAGGAACGAGCGUGAGCGUCAGCGGGUGAAGUGCGUGAACCAGGGCUACGCCAAGCUGAGGGAUCACCUGCCGGGACGUGGCGCAGACAAGCGGCUCAGCAAGGUGGAGACGCUGCGGGCUGCUAUCAGGUACAUCAAGUACCUGCAGGACCUGGUGGAGGAGGAGCCCAGCGGCAGGGUCACACCCACAACCUCCUCACCUGCAGAGUGUGGAGGAGAGUCAGAGGACUGACCAGGUAAACAUCCACCUGGAGCUACACCUGGAACUACACCUGAACACUACACCUGGAGCUACAACUGAACACUACACCUGGAGCUACACCUGAAGACUACCCUGACAACUACAUCUGGAGCUACACCUGCCAACUACUUAUGUGUCCCUGACCAAUCCCUUUUUCUCACCUUUGUGAUGUCACUGACUAAAUCGACUGAUGAGACAUAAAUCCGUUUCAGGUUUUUCUGAGCAGAAUUCAAAUAGACGUCUCUUAUAAAGUGACAUCAUCUUAAAUCUACCAGACCUGCUGAUGAUCAAUAGACCGAUUGAUUUAUCCAAUCAGGAAACACUGCGAGACUUCGUCAGAAUAAAAACUGUGCGUAAUAAAACAAGCUGCUCAGACUCGGUGGUCACUAAAGUUUCCUGUUAAACCGACAUCAUCCGAUCAAUAAAUUGAUCAAUAAACCGAUCAAUAAACCAUGUGAGUGAGCACAGAGCCGAUCAGUGAUCGUUAAAUAUUGAUUUAUUCUUGUUGAUCUCAGCAGAUUAAACAGAACCAAACAAACCAAACGUUAGAAAAAUAAAAUGCUUUUCCAAAAUAACAAUGGAGCUCCUCUGAGGGUUCAGCCUUUAUGUCCUCACAAACACGGAUGUCACAUUCAACACAUGUCCAUCCUGGAGCUCCAACACGCCUGUUAGCAUGUUAGCGUGUGGCCGUGGAUCCUGCAGAAACCUUCAUUAAUGUGAACUGAACGUCCAGCUGAAGUUCUCCUUCAGAGUUCUGAAGUUUUCCAGGAGAACCUUUUAGCUCCAACAGGAACCCGAAAGUUUGGUUCUUUAAUUUUUCAGUCUUUUUUUCCUAUUUUAAUGUUCCGACUGUUUAAUGUUCCCACUGUUUGAUGUUUAAAUAUUCCGACUGUUUAAUGUUGUUUUAAUGUUCCGACUGUUUAAUGUUCCCACUGUUUGAUGUUUUAAUGUUCCGACUGUUUAAUGUUGUUUUAAUGUUCCGACUGUUUAAUGUUCCCACUGUUUGAUGUUUUAAUGUUCCGACUGUUUAAUGUUG